AUGCCUGCCGAGGGGGAGCUGGCGAGCGCGGCGGCCGCCGGCCCGGAGCCCGGCGAGCUGCAGUACCUGCGGCAGGUCCGGCACAUCCUGGAGCACGGCCACCGGAAGGAGGAUCGCACCGGCACCGGCACCAUCUCCGUCUUCGGCAUGCAGGCGCGGUACAGCCUGAGAGAUCAGUUUCCACUGCUAACAACGAAGCGGGUAUUCUGGAAAGGAGUGCUGGAGGAGCUGCUGUGGUUCAUCAAGGGUUCUACAAAUGCCAAAGAGCUGUCUGCAAAGGGUGUGAAGAUUUGGGAUGCUAAUGGAUCACGUGAGUUCCUGGAUAAGCAGGGUUUCAGCACCAGAGAGGAGGGGGAUUUGGGACCAGUUUAUGGUUUCCAGUGGAGACACUUUGGAGCAGAAUACAAAGAUAUGCACACAGAUUACUCCAACCAAGGAGUUGAUCAGUUGCAAAAAGUGAUUGAAACGAUCAAAACCAAUCCAGAUGACAGAAGAAUCAUUAUGUGUGCUUGGAAUCCCAAAGAUAUUUCUCUGAUGGCUUUGCCUCCAUGCCAUGCCCUUUGCCAGUUCUAUGUUCUAAAUGGCGAAUUGUCUUGCCAACUCUAUCAGAGGUCUGGAGAUAUGGGACUAGGAGUGCCUUUCAAUAUUGCCAGCUAUUCACUGCUCACAUACAUGAUUGCCCAUGUCACAGGGCUAAAGCCUGGAGAGUUCAUACACACAUUAGGAGAUGCUCACAUAUAUCUGAAUCAUGUGGAACCUCUAAAAGUUCAACUUCAGAGGGAUCCAAGACCUUUCCCCAAACUCAGAAUUCUUCGUAAGGUUGAAGACAUCAGUGACUUUAAGGCAGAAGACUUUCAGCUUGAAGAUUAUAAUCCUCAUCCACCUAUUAAGAUGGAGAUGGCUGUCUAAUGCUAUAAACCAGCUUCUAUUAAUGUGGAAAUGUACCUAAGCUACUUAGCUUUCUCUGUACUUAAAGUUAUGGGGUUUUUAUAUACUUCAAAAGAUACAUACUUUAUUAUUAAAAAAGAAACAGAUACUAGUAGACCAGUGGUGGCUUCAGUACUAAACUGUAGUCGCACAGAACAGAUGAUUAUUUAUUCCUGCUGUACUAUGCAGAUGCUAACCCAGUUUUAAGUUGUUAGUGAGGGAGUUUUCUACAUGUUGUUUCAGUUACCAGUGGCCACUUCUGUUACCAUUCAGUUACUAUGUGUGAGUAGCACUUGCUUACAUGCUUUAUUUAGUACUGAAAAUAAGAACUUUUAUGUGUGACAGAGCAUUCCUCAAGGCUGUAGAAGUCCUUAAAUAUGUUCUAAAGAGUAUAUG